UGUGGCUCUGUGUCAAUCAGUCGAACUCCUCCAGUCAGCUGGAGCGGUCGCCUCGCCUCCUCCGCCACCUCGUACAGGCCAGCUCCGCGUCCGUCCCGGGCCGUCAGUUCGCCGUGGAGUUCCGCCGUGCCCCAGUGUCCGACCCCUGUCCGAGUUGAACCGCCGCGUGGUUCUCGGGGCUGUCUUUGCGCCGUGUUCGACCAUGCUGCGCCCCUGCUCCGCGCCCACCCGGGGCGGUGCCCUGUGGACCGCGCUGUGCGUGGCCGUGUUCGCCCAGACCUGCCAGAGCACCCUCGCCUUCAGCGCCUUCGAGACUCUUUCACAUUGCGAUGACGGCUUUUUCGCGUGCCUGGACGGUGACUGCAUUAGAAAUUCAAAGCACUGUGACGGCGAGAGGGACUGUCGGGACGGCAACGAUGAGUGGGACUGCGAAUUCAUCAAAUGUGAAGCGCCCAUGUUUUUCCGCUGCCAAUCCGGCAAGUGUAUCAGUACCUCGUUUGUCUGCGAUGAAGAAAAUGAUUGUGAGGACUGGUCAGAUGAAAAAGAUUGCCACAACUAUCAGGCUCCACCUGUCGGUGAUGGCUGCUCAUCUAAAGAGUUUGAAUGUCUUGAUAAACUCUGCAUUCCCAAGGACAUGGUCUGUGAUGGAGAGCUUGACUGUCUUGAUGGUAGUGAUGAAACCCUUGGCUGCUCUACGAAGAUAUCAUGCGAUGAUGGAUUUAUGUGCAAGAACAAGCACUGUAUUCCUGCAGAGUUCAAAUGUGACGGAUCAAAUGAUUGUACAGAUGGGAGCGAUGAAGAAGAUUGUCAUAUGAUCACGCACAAUGUACCAAUUGAGGAAUGUGUCCCUGAGAAACUACUCUUCGCCUGCAAAGACCAUGUUGGAUGUCUGGACAUUAAGCUAGUCUGUGAUAAUGCUUCUCAUUGUUUGGAUGAUUCUGAUGAGCAUGGCCUUUGUUCAGAAUCCUGCGAAUCAUUGAAUUGUACCCAUCAAUGCUACCGCACACCAAGUGGUCCUGUCUGCAUUUGUCCCAAAGGAACCAGAAUGGAAAAUGGGGCGUGUGUGGAAUUUGAUGAAUGCACGUCUUACGGUGUCUGUGAUCAGAAAUGCCGCAAGCAGCCAGCUGGUUACCAAUGCUAUUGUGAUCCUGGGUAUACUCUUCAGAAAGAUGGACAUUCUUGCAAAGCCGAUGGAGGGGAAGCUCUUAUGGUUUUUUCUGCUGGAAGUCAAAUUAGAGGAUACUACUUGACAUCACAGACUCUCUUCAGAGUUGCCAGCCAGCUGGGCCAGGUUGCUGGAAUAGGAUAUGAUGGAUUCCACAUUUACUGGACAAAUGUUAUGCAGGGUGAGGAAGCAAUCAUGCGGUCAAAUGAAGAUGGCUCUGAGAAAGAGCAGUUGGUCAGCGCAGGACUUGGCCUCCCGGAAGACUUGGCUGUGGAUUGGAUCACCCAAAAUGUUUACUUCACUGACUCUCAGAAAAAACACAUUGGAGUUUGCAGUUCAGAUGGUUCAUCAUGUACAGUUGUGGUUAAUGAGGACAUUGACCAGCCACGCAGCUUAGCACUCCUGCCAUCUCAAAGGUUAAUGUACUGGUCUGAUUGGGGUGAAAAACCCAUGAUUGCAUCUUCUGGAAUGGAUGGUUCCCGCCCUGCUGUUCUUGUUUCAUCUGACAUCCGAUGGCCCAAUGGUUUGGCCCUUGAUUACCACAAUGAGAGGCUGUACUGGGUAGAUGCUAAGAGACAGAAGAUUGAAACUGUGAAGCUUGAUGGUUCUGAUCGCAGGGUCAUUUUGGAAAAAGUUUUGAAGCAUCCAUUUGACAUUGCUGUAUUUGAGGGCUCUUUAUACUGGAGUGAUUGGGAAGGUAGACAAAUUCAAGCUUGUGACAAAUUCACUGGCAAGAACCACCGUGUCCUUAUUCGAGAACGUAAGAACAAAGUUUAUGGUGUGCACAUCUUCCACUCUGCAAUGCAGCACAGGAAUAUUUCAAACCCCUGCCUUGAUGCCGGCUGCUCAGAUCUUUGUGUACUCUCACCAAACACACUCGGUUACACCUGUGCUUGCCCUGAAGAUAGAGAACUUGCUGCUGACAAGCACAACUGUCAUGAAGUUGAUAAGCGACAAGUGGUAAUGAUCGGAGCUGGCCAUAAUCUGUAUCAGGUUGAAACAAGAGUGUUGGGCAAACUUGCUGUAACAACUAUUCCCUUGAGAGCUGUUAACAAGAUGGGAGCCCUGGCAUACAAUUCGUUAACUGGUUCACUCUUCAUCUCUGAUUACGUUCAAAAGAAGAUUUAUUCAUAUAAUCCUAGGACAGCAAGGAUUGAUCUUUUGGUUGGAGGUGCCAUUGGAGUAGUAUCUGGAAUGGACUUUGAUCACCUUGCCAAUAAUUUGUAUUGGUGUGAUGUUGAGAAGAAUACCGUAGAGGUCAUUUCUCUUGGCACCAAUGAAAGAGCUGUUAUUCUUCGUGAUCUUGGCAAUGAAGUACCCUUGGACUUGGCUUUGGUACCAUCAUCAGGUGUCAUGUAUGUUGCUUUUUCGAGUGAUCAUGGAGUACACAUUGAUCGGUUCAACAUGGAUGGCAGUAGCCGCACUCAUGUUAUUGAAACUGGAUUAGAAGGCCCUCAUGUAUCAAUGUGGUAUGACCAGGAACUUGACAGGGUUAUGUGGACUGACAGUGGUCUUGGAUUAAUUGACAGCACAUCUGUUGAUGGACCUGACAGACAUGCAUUCAGAGCACUUUCCACAAGUGUCAUAGAUGUAACAACUAUCACAAGUGAUGUCUUUUGGGUUGAUCGGCAUUCUAGUCUUCUGCACUGGGCUGACAAGUAUGAUGGCUAUGCACAUGAGAAGAAAUUGGAUCUUGGCAUUACUGAUGGCUUAGACUCUGUUCAUCUUGUUGGAGUUCGUGGAAUCCUGUCAAGUGUUAAUCAUCCCUGUCAAGAUAACAAUGGAGGUUGCACACAUUUGUGUCUUCUCUUGGGCAAGAACCAUGUCUGUGCCUGUCCAGAGGGCAUGAUUCUGAAGCAUGACAACCAUACCUGUGUUGUUCCCCUACAUUGUACUUCAUCUCAAUUCAAGUGCAAAUCGGAUGAUCUUUGCAUUCCUAAGUCUCAGAGGUGCAAUGGCCACCGAGAGUGCCCAAGCGGAGAAGAUGAAGAGGGCUGCAAACCCACUUGCCACUUUGGACAAUUUGCUUGCAACAAUGGACAGUGCAUCGAUGAGUCUCUGAAGUGUGACUCCAACUAUGAUUGUACAGACAAAUCUGAUGAAACCAACUGUCACAUGGUUGCUUGUGAUCCUGAUACUCAGUUUACUUGUGAGUCUGGCCAAUGCAUCAGCUUGCAAUGGAGGUGUAAUUUUGCUGAAGAUUGUCAUGAUGGUUCUGAUGAGGCUAAUUGUGCUGAAUCUACCUGCGAGCCUGGUAAAAUGUUCCGCUGCAAGUCUGGUGCUUGUAUUCCGUCUACCUGGGAAUGUGAUCAUGAAAUAGAUUGUGCUGAUGGCUCAGAUGAACAUGACAAGUGUGCUCCCCCUCCCUGUGAGACACCUCGCUUCCAAUGUACUAAUCAAGUCUGCAUUGAUGAGAGGCUCAAGUGUGAUGGCCACGACAACUGUGGAGAUGGCUCUGAUGAAAGUGGAUGUGUUUAUGCUCCGACAGUUAUGAAAAGCACACCUGACACUGAGAAGAUUGACAAAGAAUUAGUGUGUGCAGAAGGAGAUUUUAAAUGUCAAGUACAGCCUGUUUGUUUACCAGGUGCAGCCCGUUGCAAUGGAACUGCUGAAUGUGUGGAUGGAGAAGAUGAAAUGGACUGCAAGGGCUGUGCUGGACACGAGUUCCAGUGCCACAAUGGGCACUGCAUCCCCACAGCUUGGCUUUGCGACAGGUACAAUGAUUGUGGCGACAAUUCUGAUGAAGAGCUCAAGGAGUGCAAGAAUUCCCGUGCACCCAGCAGGGUUUUUGAGGCAACCAAGAAGUGUAGCACCUUCCAGUGCCCUACUGGCGAAUGUCUUCCCUGGAGCAUGGUGUGCAAUGUUCAUGAAGACUGCCCUGAUGCAUCAGAUGAAGGAGGCCGCUGCCAGACUGCUUGCUCUGAAGGCCAUCCUUGUCUUGGCACCUGUGUCCGCACACCUCAUGGACCCCAUUGCUCUUGCAACGCUGGCUAUGAGCUCAUGGGUGAUGGUCGCACCUGCCAGGAUAUUAAUGAAUGUGAAGAUGAUCCUUGCUCCCAGCUUUGUGAAAACACUGAUGGCAGCUUCGAAUGCAGUUGUGCUCCAGAAUUUGUGCUUCGUGCAGAUAAAGUUUCAUGCAAAGCUACAGGAUCUGCAUUGGAGUACCUAUUCUCAACUGGGGAGCAAGUUCGUAAGGCAUCUGCUAGUCUCACAGCAUUCCACAUUGUAGCUGAAAAUUCAGGUCUGGAAAUUUCUGGAUUGGAUGUAGAUGCCAGAGCACAACACAUCUAUUGGACCACAGAGGCUAAUGGAAUUCUUCACAGAAUGUCUCUUGGCACUGGAGUACUCUCCCAUGUGAGAGGUCUUGGUGUCCCCACGAAGUUGGCUGUAGAUUGGUUGUCCAAAAAUGUGUAUUACACCAACAUGGCUGAAAGAGGAUCAGUCAAUGUAUGCAAUCUGGAGAAACAGAAGUGUGCAAGGUUACUCAGAGGAGAGGAUGGCACAUACACUGGAGCUAUUGCUGUGGAUUCUAAAUCAAGUUUGUUAUUCUGGAGCAGAGUUUACCCCGGGGAUGGCGGUGCCCCAACUAGUCAGCUGAUGUUCUCAGAUUUAUCUGGCCAGAAUGAGAGUUCCAUUGCCAAUGGCAAUCUAAUUUCUGGUAUUGCUCUUGAUCUCAUAAAGAGGCAAGUCUACUGGGCCGACCAGCACAUUGGAACAAUCUCAAGAAUUGAUUAUUCUGGGGAAAAUAAGAUCAUGAUUCGGCAAGACGAUGUUUACCAUCCCCUGGGAUUGAAUUUGUUUGAAGACACUCUAUUCUGGAUCAAUGGUGGCACUGGAACCCUUACCAAAUGUAGAAUGUAUGGAAAACUUCAAAAUUGUGACAAAUUUACGUUAAGUCACACCGAUGUCAAGAACUUUGCUGUUAUGCAGGCCACACGUCAAACUUUCGGUGAGGACCAAUGUCUUGCUGUCAAUUGUACCCACCUGUGUGUACUCAGCUUGAAGGGACCCAAAUGCAUUUGUGAGGAUGGUUCAAUUGUGAAGCCUGGAAAGUCGUGUUCAGUGGCUCGGGAAGCAGAGGAUAUUCCAGAAGAUAAGAAGCCAUCAUUCCACAUGGUUGUGGAAACUGCAGAAGCAUACGGCAAGGCUCAUGGCAGCACUGUUGUUGGUCCAAUCAUAGCAGUCAUCAUGGUUAUUGGAGCUGUCUUCGGUUUCCUUGCAUACAAGAGGCACUCUUCUGGAAAUGGAAUCAACUGGCCUAAUCUGCCGCUUGGUAUCAAUAUUGGCAAGCUUGGAGGAGGUGGUGGCACAAAUGUCACUUUCGACAACCAAGGAUUUGGAAUGGCUUCAUCAAGACCAGAUCCUUUUGAACCAACAAUGAAACCAGGAAAUCAUGAAUAUGAAAAUCCCACCAUGAGAGAUAAAAUGGAUGGAAAACUUUCAAUGUCAUCCAACGUUCAAAGUUGGGCAGCACCAAAGAAGAUUCCUGUUGAUAAAAUGCUGCUUGAGGAUGAAGACUCUGAUGCCGAGUAUAUGGAUGGUGAAAACGACAAUAUUAGAUUAAUUCCAUAGG